AUGCGCAUGCAAGGCGAUCCUGCCGAUAUCAUAAUGCGUAAUCUGCACGUCACAUGGAACGUUGAUCUUACCGCUUACUUGCUCUCCGGUAAUUGCUCACGCAAACUGUCCCUCUAAGCGCACUAAGGUGUGGUGGGCGGAACGCCGGGGUUCAGAGGUGCGGGGCAACCGAAUCCGUCCGUGUCACUUGCCCCCCGGACACGGCAGCCCGCAGCCCCGCGCCAACGCAACUUCCCCCGGUCAACACUCAGCUUUCCGAACAACGUGGCCUGCUACCGUGUCCUCCGGGCGCCGUUUCCUUGACUUCUCCAGAUAGAUCUCACACCAGGCGUCGUGGUCUUUUGUCUCUGUCACUACGACAAAUACCAGCUCGGUCCGUCAUUGUAGACGUCUGGCUCGAAUCUCCCAAGAGCACAUCUACUCCUUUCUCCUGAACCCGUUGCUACAGACACCAUGGCCGCUACUCUGGAUGCCGUCCUCGCCAAGUAUACCGCCUCCAGCGACGACACAAACGACAAACUGCUAGGCGCCUCAUUCAUCAUCAUCAACAAAGAUGAGACCCUAUACAGCAACGCGGCAGGCCGCAUUGACUUUCCCAACGAGGCCCGCCCCUGGGACCUCGAAACGUUCACCUAUGUCGCAUCACUCACCAAGGCCAUCACCUCCACCGCCGUCAUGCAGCUCGUCGAGCAAAGCCGCCUACGUCUCGACGACGACAUGCGCAAGAUCGUGCCCGAGCUAGGAGACAUGCAGAUCCUCCGCGGCUUCGACGGAAACGAGAAGCCUAUUCUGGAGGACAACACCGCGCCCAUCACACUCAGGAUGCUUCUAACCCACACCGUCGGCCUGGGCUACGACUUGAUGCCAGACCUCCUAAAAUGGUCCAAAUCCAUCGGCCGCACCGUGACAAACCUCUCUGGCACACUCGAAGGCUUCAAAACGCCCCUGUUCUUCGUCCCGGGGGAAGGGUGGUACUACGGUACGGCCAUCGACUGGGCAGGCCAAGCCCUGGAGCGCGUCACGGGCACCACCCUAGGCACCUACCUCGCCGAGCACGUCUUUGAUCCGCUCGGCAUGAAGGACACGGGCUUCUGGCCGGAAAAGAUGCCCCACGUCGCCGAGCGUACCGCCGCGUUCCAAAUCCGUGGCAGCGACGGAUCGUCGCUCGUUCCGGGGUCUAGUCCGCGCAACGUGAGUCCCAACGCCGUUGACAGCGGCGGCGCGGGGCUUUGGACUACGGCAAAAGACUACAGCAUCUUCCUCUCCGCAAUGCUGAAUAACACACUUGUGAAGAAGGAGACGGCAGACGAGAUGUUCCGGCCGCAGCUUGACGAGCGACAGGCGAGACAAUUCGAGAAGCUCACGGCUGAGUGGGGCGGUUCGUUGGCGGUGGAAUUCGAUCUGGAUAUGGAGCUUAAUCACGGGCUGGUUGGGUGUAUCAACAUGCGUGACGUGCCGGGGAAGCGCAAGAAGGGGAGCUUGCAGUGGAGUGGCAUGUGUAACAGUCAUUGGUGGUUGGAUCGUGAGACGGGUGUUGCUGGAGUUCUUCUUGUCCAGUCGCAGCCUCAUGCUGAUCCGGUGGUGACGAGGUUGUAUAAUGAUCUGGAGAGGGCUGUUUAUGGAGAGCUUCUCAAGACUGCGUAGGCUUGUAUUGCCAUGUGGACAACCAGGGUUGUGUGCGCGCGCGCGAGGACACAAUGCCAACGGUACCUCUGAUUCAUGUUAUGAGGCAGCCUCGUCAGGCAUCUCCAUAGACUCGAGUACAUUCUCCAAAACCUUCCUGCACUGCCUCCUAUAGCGAUACGCCAUGAUCUGGUUCCUCGUCGCCUCCGCCUCCUCCAUCUCAAACUCGGACUGAUCAAGCCGUUCAAGCUCCUGCAGCACCUUGUGCUGGAUAAUACCGAUGGUCUGGAACAGCAAAGGCUGCGUGGCCGCAGGAACCCGCCCAGUCAAUAUCAUCCUCAGCCUCUCCAGGUCUGCUUUGCUUCCAUCAUCGUCACCACCACCACCACCACCACCACCCUCCUCCGGCACCGGAAU